CUUAUGAAACUGUUCCAAUCGACUAUAAUGAAGACAAUGAAAUUGAUUUGACCAGUAUCUCAAAACCAUUCAUAAAUUACAAUGAAUUAGAUGAAGAUGGACUAUUAAGUAAUAUUUCAAAACUUGAUGAAGGUCACUUUGGAUUCAUAUUAAAAGCUUAUUGGACUAAGACGCAUAGUAAUGUCACUUGUAAGGCAUUAACAAACCUGGCGGACAUAAAUGGCAACUACUACGCUACAUUUAUUCAUGAGUUAACAAUGCAUACUAGAUCAGAUCUUUGUGAAAACAUCGUUCGAUUUUUGUGA